GUCUUACGUGGCCACGUCACUUUGGCUGCACUAUGGAGGUAUAUAUACAGGCCGCUUCACUCGGAUCAAUAUCAGGACUAUCAGAGGUCGUGGAAAGCUCUGUGAGAAACUCCAACGUUUCAUUUCUCCUCUCAAAGCCGUGAGACCAAAGCAGAACCAUGUUGGGAACCAGGGCUUUGCUUUCUAAACAAACACUGGCUGUUUUUUUCCGCCAGCCUGCCUGCUUUGUUCACCAGGGUGACUAUGGCAACUGGGGAAACACCAAUGUCGCUGUGGUUUUCUCUGGAUGCGGAUGGUGGGAUGGAACUGACGUCCAUGAGGGCGUGUACACCAUGUACCACCUGAGCAGAAAUGGCGCUCGCUUCCAGAUUUUUGCCCCAAAUCAACAGCAGAUGAACGUGAUGGACCACAUGAAAAAGCAACCAGCUUCUGGGGAGAACAGGAACAUGAUGAUUGAGUCAGCGCGCUUCAGCCACGGGCAGGGAAAGAUGCAAAUGCAGGACCUGUCUUCCCUGGAUGCCAGCAGCUUUGAUGCCGUCAUCUUCCCUGGAGGCUACGGCAUCACUAAGAAUCUAUCCUCUUUUAUGAAGGAUGGCAAAGACUUUAAGCUGCAUAAUGAUGUGGAAAGGGUGCUGAAGGACUUCCACCGUUCACGGAAACCUAUCGGACUGGCCAGCAUGGCCUCUGUGCUGGCCUGCCGCGCGCUGCCAAGCAUUGAGGUGACCAUGGGCUACGAGCGUGAUGAAAACACCCGCUGGGGGAACUGGCCCAACACCAACAUGGUGCAGACUGUGAAAGCCAUGGGCGCACGCCACAAUGUCCGCGAGCCAUACGAAGCCUAUGUGGACGAGAAGAACAAAGUGGUCAGCACUCCGUCCUUCAUGUGGGAGACAGAUUAUCACUAUCACUACAUCUUUGAUGGGAUUGGAAAUAUGGUCAAACAUGUGAUGCGUCUGUCCACCAAGUGAGGCGAUGUUUGAAGCCUGGAGAUUAGUGAAUGUUCAGCAUUCACCCAAUACUGAGAGGAAGUCUCACCUGAAAUAAUAAAGAUGCUUUAGAAAAAGAAA